AAAGCAUUUACAUCUUCUUUGACAGUAUGCUCCCCUUGAUCGUCCCCAUUGCCUAGUUUUACAUAAAAGAAAAGAAUAGCCCAAGUUUAGUUUGUAGCAUUGAAUCAGACUUAAACUUCAUUUACAGCUUCUUCAGACAAGGGUGGGGAACUCAGAAUGAGCCCUUCAAUGCAAGAUACAUCAAUCGGAACAAUGGAGAGGAAAGGAGAUUAUGUUAAUGGGGUUAACGGAAUCAAUGACCAAGGUGAUUUUGAUCCGAGUGCUCCUCCUCCAUUCAGGAUUGCUGAUAUCCGAGCCGCCAUCCCGAGGCACUGUUGGGUCAAAAAUCCUUGGAGGUCGAUCAGUUAUGUUUUCAGGGAUGUCAGUGUGGUUUUUGCUUUAGGAGCAGCAGCAGUCUACUGGAAUAGUUGGUUCUUUUGGCCACUCUACUGGGUUGCACAGGGAACAAUGUUUUGGGCUAUCUUUGUCCUCGGACAUGAUUGUGGCCACGGAAGCUUUUCGGACGAUCCCAUUCUUAACAGUGUAGUGGGACAUAUCUUACAUUCUUCAAUACUUGUUCCUUACCAUGGAUGGAGAAUAAGCCAUAGAACUCAUCAUCAGAACCAUGGAAAUGUGGAGAAGGAUGAGUCAUGGGUUCCGCUCCCUGAGAAUAUUUACAAGAAUUUAGACAUCAGCACGCGAUUUCUGAGAUUCACUGUCCCCUUCCCCCUUUUUGCAUACCCUCUAUAUUUGUGGUAUAGAAGUCCAGGCAAGGAAGGAUCUCACUUCAACCCUUACAGCAACUUGUUCACCCCUCGAGAGAGGAAGCUUGUAAUGACUUCAACCGCUUGUUGGACUGUGAUGGUUAUUUUGCUUGCCUAUUUAUCCUCUGCAAUAGGUCCAGCCCAGAUGUUUAAGCUCUAUGGUGUUCCCUACUCAAUUUUCGUGGUAUGGCUGGACUUAGUGACCUACCUACAUCACCAUGGUCAUGAGCAGAAACUUCCUUGGUACCGUGGCAAGGAAUGGAGUUACCUCAGAGGAGGGCUCACAACAGUUGACAGGGAUUAUGGUUUAUUCAACAAUAUCCACCAUGACAUUGGCACCCAUGUCAUCCACCAUCUCUUCCCUCAAAUCCCUCAUUAUCACUUGGUAGAAGCGACGAAAGCUGCUAAAGCAGUGAUUGGAAAAUACCAUCGGGAGCCAAAGAAAUCUGGGCCUAUUCCAUUUCACUUAAUAAAGGAUCUAGUCACAAGCCUUAGACAAGAUCAUUAUGUUAGCAACACUGGGGAUAUAGUAUUCUAUCAGACUGAUCCACAGCUGUUUCAGUUACUUUCCCCUGGCAAAUCUGGAUGAUACUUCUAGGACAUAGCUGAAGAAGGAUUGUUAUUGUUCUUUCAGCUAUUUCAGCACCAAAUUACAUGUGGCACAAUUAAGACUUGGAGCUUUGUUCUUAUCAUUUCCAAUAAAUUUAACAUUCUCAGUUUGCAACACAAUCAUUUCCAAUAAUUGUAAUAAUAUUGAAUACUUUAUAGAUUAAUAUUACAAAAUUU